AUGUCCAGAUAUCACUCCCCUCUUUUCCAGGCCCUCUCCUUUCUCUUCACCCUCUUCCCUCUCUCCCUUCUUUCACCUCUUCUUUCUCAAUCUCCUCUCAGCUGGACUUCUCCACAUGACCCCUGCUACCAUCUGGAUGGGCGUCCACGCCACUGCCUGUCAGAAUUUAUAAAUUCUGCAUAUGGAGUGCCUGUGACCAUGGAGGAUAUCAAGCAAGCACCUAAGACAAACAUCAGCACUUUAACAGACCUUCAUAAUCCUCACAAUCUGACAUGCUGGAUGCCUGCUGAAGGUUGGGGUGGAAGGGAUUGGACUUUCACAAUUCCCCUGGGCAGACGCUUUGAAAUCACAUACAUUAGUCUUCAGUUUUGUCAACAGGUGGAGUCGGUGGAGUCUUACUCCAUCACCAUUUUAAAGUCAAUGAACUUUGGCAGGAGCUGGCGCCCCCUACAGUAUUACUCCAGUGAUUGUAUGGGUAUGUUCGGCCUUCCCGCUCAGUCGAUUGCUCAGACAAGGCACCAAGAGACUGAGGCACUGUGUUCAGAUCACAGGCCACUACAGAAGCAUCGUGGAAAUAUUGUCCUGGCUUUCUCGACUUUGGAUGGACGUCCUUCAUCACCAGAUUUUGACUAUAGUCCAGGGCUCCAAGACUGGGUGACUGUUACUGACAUAAGGAUAGUGUUUAACCAGUCAGUCGCAAAAAUGAACAAGCAGAAAGAAAAACAGAAUGAGGUGGAAGGUGCGUUAAGAUGGAGGGCAGGGAGAGAAAGGAUGACUAAAGCACUAAAAUUUGCAGAGAAAGAUACAGGUACUAAAACAUCAACUAUUUGGGAAACUAGUCAAGACAGAGAGACAGAAAAGGCCACACAGAGAAAUCGGAAAGAAAAUUCACACAAUGUCACCCGGAAGGAGUUGGGAUCUCAAGACAGAGAGGGAAGAGGUAAGGUGAUGAGUCGCAAGAAAGAAAAUUGGAAACCGUGCCAGGAUGGCACCUGUAAAGGGUCCCUAAAUAACCAGCAGGCUCCGAAGGGGCGAGAGUUGAGGAGAAGACGAAAUAAUGGAGGGAGAGAUAAGUCCCAUUCUAAAUCAAGAAGAAAGGCUCCACAAGACCUCCCUGUGUCUGCUCUUUCUGCCCCAUCUAAUUUCCCUCUCGCCCUUUCCGACCUGCAGGUCGGAGGCAGAUGCAAAUGCAAUGGCCAUGCCUCACGCUGUCGCCGAGACAACCAGGGCCGUGCUGUGUGUCAGUGUGAGCAUCAUACGUCUGGACCAGACUGUGAUGUAUGUGAGCAUUUUUUUUAUGAUCGUCCAUGGCAGCGGGCCACCCCCAGCCAACCACACCCGUGCGUCCCAUGUGAAUGUAAUGGGCAUUCAGCUAAGUGUAGGUUCAGUAUGGCUAUGUAUCAGCAGUCCGGUCGAGUCAGCGGAGGCGUCUGUUUGAAGUGUCGGCAUCACACAAUGGGACGGCAUUGCCAGUUCUGCCAGAAUGGAUACACACGGGACCACAGCAAACCACUAAGCCAUCGCAAGGCCUGCCAACCAUGCCAGUGCCACCCAAUGGGUGCAGCGGGCCAUUGGUGCAACCAGUCAUCAGGGCAAUGUUUAUGUAAAGAGGGAGUCACAGGGCAGAGGUGUAACCGUUGUGCACCUGGAUAUAAGCAAGGCCACUCACCCCUCCGACCCUGCAUUCGUAUUCAGGAGGUUGCGCCGCCCACCCCAGUUUACCAGCCCCAGUACAGCAUUGGUGAGGAGUGUCUUUCCUACUGUCCACCCUCCCAAGCUAUGGUCAGAAUGAAUUUAGAAACGUAUUGCCUCAAGGACUAUGUGCUGAGGGUUCAGGUGAAAGGUAAGGAACGUUCCGGCCCCUGGUGGCAGUUUUCUGUGUUGGUCCAUACAGUUUUCCGCACAGGUUCGUCACACGUGAAGCGAGGCCUUCAGGCUCUCUGGGUUCCUGACCGGGACCUGACCUGUGCCUGCCCUGCACUUCAGGUGGGUCGAAGCUUCCUUCUGAUUGGUGCAGAGGAAAGUGGGCGAAGUUGGGUCCCGGAGGAAAAGCGUUUAGUUGCCGAUCGCACCACAAUGGCUUUGCAGUGGCGGGAACACUGGAGCCCAAAAUUAAGAGGCUUUCGUGGGCAGGAUACCAGGGGAAAGUGCCCAAAGGGAAACACCACUGCACAGAAACACUCAGACCCAAACUUGUAUGAAGAAUACACACCCCCACAUCUUGAGAAACUUCACCCUGAAGUUAAUUUACGACACAAACAUACACACACAACGAUACAUAAACGCAAAGCCUUACAUGGAAGGAGUCUAAAUACAGCACGGCAACUUGAGCAAGAAGAGGGCCGUAAGGCCAAAAUUGCCGGUCGUAAUGGAAGUUACUCCACAUCUACCUCUCCUCCGGAUACAAAGAAUAUAUUGCAGAACACUCUGGAUCCUCUGUUAGGUACAAAGAUUAGUCACGGCACUGAGCAUGACCAGUAUCACCCAACAGUGUGUCCAACAUGGUCACCUGAGCGACCUGUCUGA